AUGCGUCUUCCUAAAGUUAACGUAAAAUUGUUACCCAUCAAGGCUCAUUUUUUCCUCUCGAAUGGCGGCACGUCGCCACUGACUCCAUACCUGACCACCAUGGCCAAACAACGGGGCUACUCUGCACGACUGGUGGGCGCCGUCUUCUCAGUGCUGCCCCUCGCCGCAGUGUUCGCCCGUCCCGUUUUCGGCGCAGUGGCCGAUCACUUCCGAUGUCAAAAGACCAUGUUCCUGUGCUUCAUCGUCGUGGUUACUCUGAUAACCGCUUCCUACGAAAUCGUGCCCGACCCACCUGCGGACGUCGACAACGGGAGGGACGAGAUCGCGCUCUCCACUCACCAAUUCUGGUUGUUUUGCGCAUUCUUGGCGGCUAGAUACGUCACGCUCAGCAUUGUCACCACUUUAUCGGAAACCAUGUGCUUGCAAAGCUUGGGUAAAGACACGCACAAGUUUGGACAACAACGAUUUUGGGGCUGUAUCGGUUGGGGUUCGGUUUCUAUGAUGACUGGUUGGUUGAUCGACUGGUACAGUGGUGAGAGUCCGAUAAAAAACUACACACCCGGAAUCAUCGUGUCAAUAGUUCUCUUGUUGGCAGACUUACUGGUUGCAUUUAAAAUAGAUGAUUGUCAAAGUGAUGUCGUAUCAAAAUAUAUUUUCAAAGAUCUCAGAAAAGUGCUAGGUGAUAUUAAGGUUGUAAGUUUCCUUAUUUGGGUAAUAUUUUUUGGAAUUUUUUAUGGAAGUAUUUCACUAUAUUUGUUAUGGCAUAUGGAAGAACUGGUCACUAGAUUUCACCCGGAAAAAUAUUCUUCGAUUAAAACAAUUCAAGGAACCAUGUUUGCUAUAAAAUGUUUUGGUGGUGAAGGUCCAUUUUUCUUUUUAUCUGGUAAAAUUAUCAAAAAAGUUGGUCAUCUGAAUUCGAUAGUAAUUGGUCUUGCUUCACUAUCGUUUAGAUUUUUUCUAUACUUUAUUAUUAAAGAUCCAGUAUGGGUGUUGCCCGUAGAGUUGUUGAGUGGUCUAGGUUUUGCAUUACCAUAUUCGGCAAUGACAGCUUAUGCAUCCGUUUUGGCACCAGAAGGGCUCAAAAGUACUGUUCAGGGGUUGUUUAGUACGGUUUUCCAAGGAGUAGGCGUGGGUCUAGGAAGUCUUAUAACGGGUUACCUCUUCAACGAAAUAGGGAGCAGCGAGACUUACCUCGUCUUGAGCAUAUUGGCAUUAGUUGUUUGUUGUAUACAGACUAUUACAAUCAAGAUUAUGGCUAGAACUUCAACAUCCCAAGAAAAUGGUGACGUCAAUUAUAGCAUAACGUGA